UUUAUGCCCAUUACAGCAUAGACACACCGCAGUCACGCACCCGUAUAUAUAAGCAUAUUAACAUUUCCCAGAUUAUAAAGAAAUCUGCUUUGUUGUGUUUGUUAAAACAUCCCUGGAGGAAGCAGAAAACUUGCUGUUCAUAACAAAAACAUGACAAUUACACCUACAAUUUCCAUCAAUGAUGGUGAACUUGUCAUUCAUGGAAAGACAAUAUUGAAGGCUGUGCCGGACAAUAUUGUGCUGACUCCAGGAUCAGGCGCGGGCUUGGUGGCUGGUGCUUUCAUUGGUGCUACUGCCCCAACUAGCAAAAGCUUUCAUAUCUUUCCCGUGGGCAUCUUCGAGGGGCAUCGAUUCAUAUGUUGUUUCCGCUUCAAGUUAUGGUGGAUGACUCAGAGAAUGGGAUCAUGUGGCAAGGAUAUUCCAUUGGAGACGCAGUUUAUGCUUGUUGAGAGCAAAGAUACCAGUGAAGGCGAAUCUGAAACAAAAACUAUCUAUACUGUUUUUCUGCCACUUCUUGAAGGCCAGUUCCGUGCUGUUCUCCAGGGUAACGAUAAGAAUGAACUUGAGAUUUGCCUCGAGAGUGGAGAUGAUUCUGUUAAAACCAAGGAAGGGAAUUCCCUCGUAUACAUGCAUGCUGGGACAAAUCCCUUUGAAGUCAUUAACCAGGGUGUGAAAGCUGUUGAAAAACAUUUGCAAACAUUUUGUCACCGUGAGAAGAAAAAGUUGCCUGCAUUCCUAGACUGGUUUGGCUGGUGUACAUGGGAUGCAUUCUACACCGAUGUCACAGCUGAAGGUGUUGAAGAUGGGUUUAAAAGUUUCUCUGAAGGAGGAAUUUCACCUCGUUUCCUAAUUAUUGAUGAUGGAUGGCAACAGAUUGGGACUGAUAAUAAGGAUAGCAAUUGUGUUGUACAAGAAGGCGCACAGUUUGCCAGCAGGUUGACAGGAAUCAAGGAGAAUGAAAAAUUUCAAAAUAAAGAAAAUACUGACAACCAACCCCCCGGCCUGCAGCUCAUUGUGAAUGAUGCAAAAAACCGUCACAAUGUGAAGUUUGUCUAUAUGUGGCAUGCUAUAACAGGAUAUUGGGGUGGAGUUAAACCAGAUGGAGCGGGCUUGGAACACUAUGACAGUGCUUUGGCAUACCCUGUUCAGUCUCCUGGUGUACUAGGAAACCAACCCGACAUUGUCAUGGACAGUCUUUCUGUGCAAGGCCUGGGUCUAGUGCAUCCGAAGAAAGUAUUUAAUUUUUUUAAUGAGCUUCAUUCUUACCUUGCUUCAUGUGGAGUAGAUGGAGUGAAAGUAGAUGUCCAGACCAUUAUUGAGACUCUUGGUGCUGGUUUCGGUGGAAGAGUUUCUAUUACGCGCAGCUAUAUCCAGGCACUUGAAGCCUCCAUUUCAGAAAACUUCCCUGAUAAUGGUUGCAUUUCUUGUAUGAGCCAUAAUACUGACGGACUGUAUAGUGCAAGGAAACUUGCUGUAGUCAGAGCUUCUGAUGACUAUUACCCUCGAGACCCUGCUUCUCAUACUAUACACAUUUCCUCAGUGGCUUACAACACUUUGUUCCUUGGAGAAUUUAUGCAACCUGAUUGGGAUAUGUUCCAUAGUCUUCAUCCAGCUGCUGAUUAUCAUGCUGCCGCUAGAUCAAUUGGAGGCUGUCCAAUAUAUGUGAGUGACAAGCCUGGCAACCACAACUUCGAUAUUCUCAGAAAGUUGGUACUUCCUGAUGGAUCAGUGCUCCGUGCUCAAUUGCCUGGCAGACCCACACAUGAUUGCCUUUUCACUGAUCCUGCUAGAGAUGGAAAAAGCUUGCUUAAAAUUUGGAAUGUAAACAAGUGCAGUGGUGUGGUGGGUGUGUUUAAUUGUCAAGGGGCAGGUUGGUGCAAGGAGGUAAAGAAGAUUCGUAUUCAUGACACCUCUCCAGAAACACUCACUACUACAGUGAAAAUUACUGAUAUUGAUAGCAUAGAUCAAGUUGCCGGCCCAUGCUGGAAAGGGGAGGCUGUAAUAUAUGCUCAUAGAUCAGGGGUGCUUACUAAGUUACCAAAAGGCUCUGCAAUUCCAGUUACUCUCAAAGUUCUUGAAUAUGAAUUGUUCCACUUCUGUCCAAUUCAAGAGAUUGCAUCAAACAUAUCUUUUGCGGCAAUUGGUUUGCUUGACAUGUUUAACACAGGCGGGGCUGUAGAGGAGUCUAAAGUCAAUCUUGCUAAACCAGAGCUCUGCGAGGAAAAGGCAACUGCAGUCAUUGAACUGAGGGUUAGAGGAUGUGGCCGUUUUGGCGCUUAUUCAUCUCAACCCCCGCUGAAAUGCAGAGUGGAAAAGGUGGACGCUGAGUUCACCUAUGAGGCCGCUACUGGACUAGUGACCCUGACUCUUCCUGUCCCCGAACAGGAGAUGUUCCGAUGGCAUAUUGAAAUCAGUAUUUGAAUCACUCAAUAAAAUUGUCAGACAGAAUGCAGUAGCUAAAAACAAGAAUGCAGACUACUCAAUAAAAUUAGCUGGAGAAUGUGGUUGUAACUUAUAGAAAUGAGAAUGCACUGGUUUCUUGCUGGCCAAGAGGCUCAGGGUGGAUGAUUUGUCAGCUAUUGUCACUUUAUAUAGUCUAUAAUGUUAAUCUUGCAAUAUUAAAGAUCUUUAUCCGUUUUUA